AUGCAUACAACGCUGCCCCCAACAACGCUACCAUCUCCAGCUCCAGCACCAGUACUUUCACCUUUGAAACCUCCAGAUGUUCCGCGGACAGCCAGCACGGUACAGACGGCAAGCUCGACAGAUAGCAUCUCAAACCUUCCGUCAGCUCGCUUCGACGAGGUCAGCAUUAGACCGGAUCCAGUACUCGACGAACAAGCGAUGUCUAUGGAGGUCGAUGGCGAUGUUACAAUUGGGCGCGAAUACGAGGUGCAGCCGUCAUCGCAACAGAGCGAUGUGACGUUGCCAUUCGUCGAGAACUCUCUCGCUUCCCCACAGCCAUCCCCUCCUUCGUCGCCUGCGGUCCUUCUCCAUGAUAGCUCUUUGAUCGGCGACAACUUGCGGCAGUCCGAGGAGCAGCCAGCUAUAAGCCAUGAGGAGCAAGAGGUCCUGCAACCCUCUCCGCCGAUCGACACCGGCAGGCCUCACGACCUCACUCAAGAGAACAAAUCGAUGGAACCGGCGACAGACGCCGCGGAUGGAGGUCGCCACCCUGACCUCGUCCUCUCGCUCUCCUCGACGCCCCCCUUAUCGCCUCUCCGCAUUCCUAAGCGUGGUGCGGCACCACCACGUUUACCAGAUCUUCUCCAGCAUAUACCACAAGCAGAGCCUGUGCAGAGCAGCAGAGAUGCAGUCCCCGACGAUGAGCAGCUCGCAAAGGCUGCUGCUGCUCAGCCGCCCACUCCGCCGCGACGACAGCUCCGCACGAGGAACGCAGCACAGCUGAACCCGUAUACCCUCGAAGCUGCCCGCUACCAGCGAGCUUUGCUCCGCAACGACUGGCAGGACGCCGUCGUCAGCCAAAGGGAAUGGCAUCGCCAGGAACGAAAGAGGCUGGCCGAGGAAGCCGCUCGGGCACAGCGUGACAACACCGGGGCACAAGGAUCAGAAGAGUCGCAGAGUCAGUGGCUGGUGCCGAGCUCAGGUCCGAGCUCUCAGGCGGAUCACGAGGACCUCUCGGCUCCUUCGUCGCCGGCUGCAGCGACUAUGCCAGAAGUCUUUGUGGAAAUACCGUUGCUCGGCGAGACGGACUCGGUCCGGCGGCAUGCAGGCGCUGCGAGGCCAGCAUCGACAUCGCCCACACCAUCGCAAAGCGGCAGACUACCUGAUCUAGCAGAGAUGCUAGCUUCGAGAAACGCAUCAACAAAUCGGCAUCGCGACCGACCUGGUCCGUCAAGACCCGCUACCUACAAGGGCCCGAGAACGACUGCUCAAGUCGAUGCCAACGGCCAGACAGCACCGCCUCAGGCUUCCGAAGAUUCGCAAGUCCAUGAGGAUGACUCAGUGCCGCUUCCGAUAUUGACUCGCCGGAGACCACCUCCGCGCGCACUGUCGCCAUCGGAAUCCGCAGCAACUCCUACUUCAGAUCGGCAAACACCGGCGCUCGGUGAUGCCUUCAUCGUCGACUCUUCGGAGGACGAACGGCCUGCACCUGCUGCGCCGAUCACGAAGGCCAAGCGAAGGAGUCGAUGGUCCGGCGACGGAUCCAGCAGCGAUAGCACCGACUACGAGCGUCGCUUCCGUCAACUCAAGAAAAUGAUGCCGGCAGGCAUGGCUCGCAAGCACAUUCGCGAUCUGAGAGCCAUGAGGCACGGCAAAUCGUAUCACUCCGAUGGGCACCUCUCGUCCUCGUCGUCGGACGCUGCAGCUCGCAAUCGAACAGAGCAGAGGACCACCGCCCGACCGCGAUCACCAAGCGUCAACGCAGACGGAAGCUCAGACGACGAGGAACUACGGCCGGGUCAGACACGAAAGAGGCUCCGGCGUCACGACAGUCUCAACGGCAACAACGCCUUGCUGCUCGAUCCAGACUCCGAUUCAUCUUCCUCUUCGGGGACUUCGCUGUCGUCUGAGGCCUCUGUGUCCUUCGCAUGCGCCAAUCUUAUGAAUUCAAACACAGAUGCGGACCGACACAAAGAGGUGGAGGACAUCGACGAGAGGCCUGCUCAGUGGUGGUCCGUCCAUCGCUUGGACUCGGAGGUUCCUUACCGGGAGAGGGACGCGAUCGACCGCAUGCUAAGCCGGACGGAGGGACGCAAGACGAGCAGUCAUGCCGGUGUUCGGCGAGCAAAAGGCACUCCAUACCAUCGACAAGCCCGAUUGGAUGGCUUCGUGUCAGCACAUCGACAGAAAGAACGAGCGACCCACUCAACACGAUCCCAUUUACAAGAGAUCGAUCAGAAUCAACGGCGACAAGCACGCUUCACAAAAGAGAUGCUCGACAAGGACGGACAGCCUCGCGUAUCCAGCAGAAAGAAGAAGAGAAGGAAGCUGGAUCCGAGAGUCGGUCGCACGACCACCGCUGGCGGCAGAGGGGCUUCGGGCCCACUGCUCAACCCACCCGUCGUACGUCCUCGUGUGAGACCCCGUCUCGACCUUGAACAGCACGAACUUCUCUUUACCGCCAAUCCGGCUCCGAGGCGAUAUGCCGAAACGGGCGCGAACAUCUACGAUGCUCCUGGAGAUGAUGCGCUCUCGGAUGACGAUGGUCAAUGGCAGAUCCUGAGCCGUGUCGUCAGAGACUCGACGCCAGUGAACGUUCUCGAUUCACGCUUAGCUGCGCCUCGAGUUCGUGCAGGCAUAGCGGCACAACCGGGUCCGUCGCUGUUCAUGGCAAAGGACGCGGCACCUUCGCCCGCCCGAGAUGUGCGGGAAUCCCCGUCUGCUUCAGUGUCAUCAGCGGGCCUAGCCAGGUUGCAUGCGGUCAACGGCCACAGUCCAGGCACACCGACACGUGCACACGCGGAUGCUUUUCCACCAAAAGGUCCUUUGCGCACGAUACCAGGUCCGCUUCCAACGCUGCACCCUGGGCCGGCAACCGCCUCGACUGGCAGCGACGCCUGGGACGACUUUGAAGGCAUCAGCCUGGAUUUUGGUAUAGCCCCCUUCGCAGAAGCGAUAUCGCUCAAGGUUGGAGACUCCUCCUUGCUGGCUCGACUCCCUGAUCUGAUGGCUUUGCCGGACCAAUUGCUUCGUCAGGAGCAUGUUCCACGGGCUUGGACGGGGCCAGUCUUGCGCCUCGAAGAAACAGUGCUGGACAUCGACAUGGAUCACGACGAGCUGGCUGCGAAGCUGCCUUUCUACAUGGACAGCCUUCGACUCACGAUCAGCCGCGCGCUUGGUGGGUCCAGCGAUCAUUCGAGCGUCGACGGAGGGCGACGCGCAAGGAAUCUCAUCGCGGACACCAAUGCCUUCCUUGGCUGUUGGCUAGUGCGACAGGCUCAAGGUGCUGGCGACGGACUAUCCGACGCCGCUUCGAUCUUCCGCAGCUAUCGCACCAUCCUCGAGCGGAUCGAGCAGCUGCAGGCUUCCGUGCUCUCGUUGAGCGAGUCAGCUCCUGCCUCAAAAACAUCUCGGGAGGACCGCAAGUCGUUGUGCCUUCAAUUGGCCUGGAUGCGCUUCGAGCUUUGCUGGAGAGCGAUGGCGAUCUGCGACGCAGACGCAAACUAUGCUCUGGAGCCGGAAGCACCGACCGUCGAAAGUCUGCUGACGUACAGCCGAACGCUCAUGUCCCUGCUGCUGCAUCAUGGGCUUCAUCGCUGCGUUCGCAAUGUGCGCAAGGCAGCCACGGCAGGCUACACUGCGGACGCUUCAACUGAGGCUGCAAUGGACGACGAAGAGGAGGAGGCUGCACACGUCUUCGUAGACGAGGCCACAGCCAUGUGGCUCAGCGUCAUUCACCUCCUGGAUUCCUUCGAAAAGAGCCGUGAAGUCAUGGACGGGCGUCUCUUCUGGACCCAGUUCGAGACUGCCUUCCAGCGAUGGGACGACUCCAUGCCGAAGCGUGCGCCUCUGUUGCGAUCCGAAAGUCUCUGGUACUGCCUCUUUGCGCUCGAACUCUUGUCACAGAUCUCCCCGGUUGCACAAACGCAGGCGUCGCCCCUGCUUCGAGAGUGCUGGCCUCUAGUCACGCGAGCGUUGUCUCUGAUCCACUUUCGAUCGGGCGAGAGCAAAGAGCUGGCCAACGGAUGGCACAUGCUGGCAAAACGGGACGCGUACGUGCGACUUGUGCUGCAACGAUGCUGCCUGCUGACCUCGGAAUGGCAAUGGACGAUGGAAGGCGCGGAAGUCACGCUUGCGCGCCUGUUCGACAUCUUCAACAGUCACAAGCUUGCCGAUCUGCCCACCGAGAAGCAGCACGACUUUCCGGCCUUCCUCAGAGACUUUGAUGUCGAUAAGCUGUCCACCGCAGAUGUAGCCGAGGGUGAAGCCACGCGGGAUCCGGGCUUCCAUCUCUUCAUCCGCCUUCUCGGUCGCACGGGUCAAGAACUGCGCGCAUCUGCCGCUGACGCCAAGGAAGGGGAUCGCCGCAUCUCGCGGCUCUUCUCUCGAAUGACGCCGGUCCGUGUGAUGCCGUUCACCCGCACUGAUGUGCCGACCAGCUCGCAACGGUCGGUCCUGUUCAACCACUACAACGUCAUCAUGCUGUUUUUGUACCUGGUGCCAGCAUCUUCACCUCAACGGCUCCGACAGAUCCAGAGCUUCCUGCCGGCCUUCAAAGACGCCGACUUCGUCAGCCAAGUCACUUGCAUUCGCGCGAUGAUGUAUGUCGCGACCAUCUUCCGACAUCACUGCCUGGAUCUCAGUCCGGUGACCAGGUGGUUUGGCGAGACCAUCACGGUGCUGCGUCGUGAAUACGAGGAGCUCGAUUCGACCACGAAGCAGUACGAACGACGGCAGAUGCAGGAAUCGCUUCAAGCUCGAGGUGGUCAGAGUGCAGCAAGGCCAGAUGCGCUUCGUAUGGCAGCUAUCUUCGAGAAUGCUCCAGCUCGACAGGCCGCCUUGCGAAGAAAGGAGGAACUCGCUCGGCUGCUCGUAGUGGCGCUGCGGUCGAUCCAGCACAUUAUCCGACACGGUGACCUCGACGGUGGUAGGGCUCGGCCUGAAGGCUCUGAUCAGAGGCUGCUGCAUUACUCGCUCUUGUCUCCGGCCUGGACGCAGCAGAUGCUCGAGGCGCAGAUGUCGCUUGAGCCGCGCAUCGGCCAGGAAGUGCUCAGAUGCAUUCAGACUUUCUUGCUGGCUCGCAUCAAGAUACUGCAGCCCGCACAGAGCACGACGACGCCUGCGAAUGGGACCGGCAUCAGCAACCAAGGCACUGCCUCUGCAGUCCACGCGAAUCAGCCACAGCCGCCAGGAAACGAAGAGAGUCAAGACAGCUUCGCCGAUCUAUUCGAGGCUGAUGACGAUUUCGACUUCGAGGAUCCUCUACUGGCGCGUCUCUUGGACGAAGGCGAUACGAGCACGGAAGGCGAUGUCAGAAACCCGGACCGUCAGCGGGAAGCAAGCAAAGCGCUCGCUCUAGCUGCGGCUGCCAACGAGAGGACAAAAUGGAACCGCGAGUUUGCCGAUCUGGUCAAGAGCUCCAUCUCGCCUUCGCUUUUCCAGCUGCUGUCCAACAUUUAUCACCCGGACCGACGCGUGGAGGCGGCUGCCACUGGUUCCGUGGUGAUGAGCCUGGGCGUCACUGAGCGAUUGGACGAGAUACCAGUCGAUGGCCACGCUGAUCGCAGCAAUGCGGCGGCUACCUCGCGCACCAAGAUGAACAGAUUGCUCAAGGCCGCCGAAGCUCGACAGUUCCUCGAGCUUGUGGUGGACUGCUGGGCGGGAUGCGCACAGGUUCUGGUGACGAAUGGAUUGCGAGAGUGGAGCUCGUAUCUCGGCUUUGGCAACGAGUCGUGGAAACGCAUCGACGAUCCGAUUGGGAGGCGUGACGUCGGACUCAGGUUCCUGCAGAACGUGCUCAGCUUGGACCCGACAGCGGUGCAGAAGCGCGAGUACGAGGUGGAGUUCCUGGCGGUGUGGAUCCAGACGGCAGUGGCGCGCGUGCUGUCGGUGCAGGAUGUGUACACCAAGUCAUUGAUAGAAGCGGCGAUGGGGUCCAAGAACCAGUCCACGCUGAUGUACGCUCUCGCGACGCAGUGGCGCGCUGUCAUCGUGGAUGCCCAGUCUUCGCCCAGCAUGGCAGCAGACGAUGUCGGCGACACCAACCGCACCUCCAGUCUCGACCUAGACGCCUUCACCACACACCGCCUCGCCCUCCUCAACGCCACUUACACAACGCUCGCCGCCUCUCUCAGCACCAACGCCACUACCAUGGGCACGGCGUACUCGAUCCUCUCCGCACUUCUCUCUUCACUGCGUGCAUACGUCGAGGACACUCCUGUGGCGAGCAGCAAGGGACCCUCGCUAGACUAUCUGCGCUUCUGCAGGACAACGCUGUCCGAUGUGGAGAGCAAGUUGGGCUCUGCGUCGGUGAUGAUUUCGCUCAAGGGGGAGUUCAGCGCGGCGGUGCAACUCGUCACUGCUCGGCUUGCGGUGGUCGAGCGCGGGCUGAAAGGCGUCGAUCAGGAACGACCUCUUUAA